AUGGAACCAGCCCCUGUUGCCUCUGCCCUUUCGGGCAACAGCACACCUCCGCCUCCCCCCUCCUCCUUCCCCCUCUCCCCCCCGCCACCUGGCGGCCAAUCUCGCCUGGUCACGGCGAAAAGCGAGGAAGUUGGCGACUCGUUCGCAACUGAGCUUUUCGUGGCAGUCGUAAACGACUGCUACAUGAGAGUGGACUGUUGGUGCGGAAGCCCAACAGUCUACGCCUCGAAGGCCGAGGCUGAGGUUGGUGUCGGCCACCUCCGAUUCUUCCGCGCCGGCGAGGACCUUCGGGUCAUUCAAGUAAAGGACGACGAGCGCUGGCUUUGUGCGUGCGGAAGCACAGGGGAAUACCACCCGGCAUACGCCGCCAUCCUCGAGGGCAGCAGCCGGAAGCGCCCGGCAGAAGACUCCGAGUUCGAGUUGAUCGCGAACUCGGAGGAGAAGAAGAGCGGGCGGGCCGAGAGAGAGGUCCUUGCGACCGCCGGGACUUCUGUCCCAGGAUUUGUGGCCGGGCCAGCCGGCCAAGAACACGAAGGCUCAAUCGAGCAAGUUUUUGGGACCGCGAGGUCCAUGCUGGCCGGCGUCGCCGGCUUCGUCAAGACGAUGGGAGGCUCGGUCCUCAGCCUCCUCGACAAAAUCCGAGGGGCGGUGCGACCAGCACCAGCCACCGAGGUCCGCGCCGUCAGCGGCGCCAACGUCGCCAUCAAGCGCAUCAAGCGCAUGCACUCGGUGCUAGCCAACCCAACGCUGGCGACAGAACAACUCGGCAUUGCCGAGUUCCCCUAUCUCGAGUGGGUGACGGACGUCACCCAAAACGUCGGGUUGGAGGCGCUCCAGCGCCUCUACGGAGGGCUGGAGACGCUCCAGAACCAACUCGACAGCGGCAAAUACUCUGGCGGCGUGAGCGUCGAGACCAUCAAGAAGGAGCACGACCCCGCCAGCGGCGAGCUUCUUGAGCUCAACAGCGCUCUUGCCCAUCUCUCGGAGCAGCUGUACGGGAAGAUCGAGAACACGGACAGCCGCAGGGAUCGGGCGAACAAGUUCAACCAGACGGUCAUCGUGUUUCGGAAAGGCCUUCGGACCGCCAUGGGCUUCAUAGACAAGGUCUACAACUCGCAGUCGCUCGAUAACAUGAAGCGACGCCACCCAAGGCCGCCAAAGUCUGUGUGUCUCGCCGACAUCUUCGGCAGAUGCGACUACCGGAUCGGUGCCGAGUUUCUCGGCUUUCUUUUGACCAUCAAAGAUGUGAUUGGUCUCACGGGAGAUGACGAGCUGGCCAUCACCAAGAUUGUUGUGGAUGUUAAUGCCCUUCACAAGCAAGAAUUGCUCCCUAGCUUCGUCAUUUGCCCUGGUCUGCAUGAUGUCCCGGUCAUGCCAGGCAGCUACCCCACCCCUUUUUUCGACGAGAUUGAGGUUGGCCAGACGACUAUCGACCCAGUCUAUGCCUUGAAGCAUCCAUCGCCGGCCCCGAGACGAGUGGGAACCCCCCUCAAGCCGUGCAAGCCGAGACGCAUCAUCCAGCCCAAAGGAAUCCUGAAGCAGUCGAAGCCUUGGGACGAGAACCCGGCCUCACCCAAGUACGUUUCGACGCCCGAGAAGAAACGAACACUCGACUUUCUCAGUCCUUUGGCCAUCUACUCGCCGCCUAGCAAGGCUCCUGUCGUGACCAUUACCGCAGCCGAGGCAGAAGAGAUUGCGCAGCAAGAGAAGAAGGCCGCAGAGGCUGCUGCAGAGGCUGUUGCAAAGCAAGAGCACGAGGACGCACGAUUGGCCGAAGAUCUCUAUUGGCAAUCUCUCCAUGGCAGUGACAAGCAUUCUCCCAGCACCGUGGCAAUGGCCGAGAGCGAGAUGCGACUCCGUUACCACCACCUUAAGUACGGCAAAUUCCUGCAAGAUGUCGCGCUCGACAUCAAGCACGGCAUUGAGAAGCAGAAGGAGCUCGACGAGCACAAGAUGAAGAUUGAGCAAGCUCGUCUUGAUGCGGAGCUUCAGCAUCAUCAGCGGCUGAAGGUCAUGUCGAAGAUGAGAGCCUCGUCGUACAAUCUCCUGAGUGAGGACGAGAGACGUGUGCUCUGGGACAAGCACCUUGAACGUUUGGAUAGUCAGCCGCAUGGUAGCACUGUCGAGAACCAUGAGAUUGCAGCCAGUCGCCAGAUCGAUCUCGAGGUGACCAACCAAAUCGAGGGAGAAUGGGUGAAAUCCAUCGAGCGCCGCAAUGCGGAAGAGGCUGAGCACAAGGCCAAGGAAGAGGCUCGUCGUAAAGCUGAAGAAGAAGCGCGUCUGGCUGAGGAAAAGGCACGACGCAUUCAAGAAGAGGCACGACGUGCUGAGGACGAGGCCCGGCGACGAGUGGCCGAAGAGGCUGCUGCAUACGAGGCCGAGACGGGGCUUAGACGUGCCCGGCGAGCGUUGGUCACCCCGCUGCAGCCAGACUGGGACGCAAAAGUCGACCGUGCUACGAGUCGAGAUAGUUUCUCAGCCAACUUGGCACAGGCAGUCGAUGGAAGCAAUCUCACAGGCCGCGACAUGUCAAUGCUGAUCCCGCCAACGGAAUGGCUCAACGACAAUGUCAUCAAUGCCUCGCUCGCGCAUCUCGCCAGAAGGAUGAACGCCGUUAACGACAAUGCUGGAGACGGCAGAGAUCAAGCUCCGAAGUGUGCUGCCUUGAGUUCAUUCUUCUAUCUUCGUAUACAGAGUGCGGGCCCAAACAGCGCGGGGCGUAUAAUGCGGCAGGCCAACGUCAGAGCGCCGUUCUUCCUUGACAUUGAGACGAUCCUCGUCCCCAUUUGCAACAGCAAUCACUGGACUCUGGGUGUGGUUCGCCCCACGCGACGGACGGUGGCGCAUAUGGACUCGAUGCGCGCAACUGGUGGCACCGAGGUCACGGGCAUGUUGCUCAACUGGGUCAAGGCGACUUUAGGGCAGGCGUUUGUCGAGAGCGAUUGGAAGGUAGUCGACUAUGGGGCACCGCGGCAGACCAAUGGCUGGGACUGCGGCGUUUUCACCAUCACCAACGCUAUUUGCAUGGCAGCGGGCCUGGACCCAAGACAUGCAUACACGAGCCGAGAGCUCUCGCUUCAGAGACGACGCCUAGCAGCGGUUUUGCUCAACCAAGGCUUUCACGGCGAUUUCAGCCUCGAUGAUCUCUAG